GUCGAACUUUUCGAAUCAAUACAAAAAUAAAAAAAGGGACGUUGUCACGGAAACCGAGAUGGGCGUUAAUCAAGUUUUAAAUCUGAGCUAAUUUUUGUUUGUUUUGAAAUUAAAAUCGUCUCCGUGGCUCCCAAGCACGCGUUAGCAGCACUUGCAAAAUGCGUACAAUGCAAGCUAAAUAUAUGUAAAGCAUUCCCAAGACCAAAUUCUGCAUCUUAAAAAAACAAACACACAAAAAAAACAAAAAAAAAACAGCGUUUGGAAAGCAUGUAAACGAGUACGAUCGCUAGAGGGAUCCCUUCUGGCAUGACUUUGUCCUUUCAGGCCUCAAGCCGGGCAUAAUGUUUUGCUGCGUCUCUGGACUCGAUUGACUUCCCGUGGGAUCCGGCGCUUCUCUGAGUGUAUUGAAGUUUUUCCAGAAAAUGGCCGGUGAAGAGGCUUUGCAGCCUGCAAUGUUCAUGCUGUUGUACAUGCUGAUGAAACGAAGGAGUGAUGUUAACAAUGCUAACGUUCAGAGGCGCAACGAAAUACAAAGGCGAGUGAGGCACAGACAGUACUUCUUUCAGAGGCAAAGGAGAAUAUUUAUGAUGCUGAUUGCCCGCAGCAGUAGGUGCACCUGUUGCUGCCGGACGCGAGCUUGGACCAACAUCCAGAGCACUGAUUGGUGGGAGCGGGUGGUGAUGAACGAGUUUGAGCCCUGCGAUUGGCUGGAGAAGUUCCGCAUGUCCAAGGACACCUUCUUCUUCAUCUGUAACAAGCUGAAGCCCAAACUGGCCCGGCAGGAUACCCACUUCCGCCCUGCACUGCCCCUGGAGAAGCGCGUGGCCGUGGCUCUGUGGCGUCUUGCCACCAACGUUGAGUACCGAACCAUCAGUGUUCUGUUCGGGGUGGGGCGCUCCACGGUUUGUAAGUGUGUCCGAGACGUGUGUCACGCCAUUGUGUCCCUUCUGAAGCCCCUCUACCUGCAGGAGCCCAGCGAGCAUGAGUUUGAAGACAUGGCCCGCCUUUUCAAUAAUCGCUGGGGGUUCCCUCACUGCGUGGGAGCUGUUGACAGCCUCCACCUCUCCAUCAUCGCUCCUUCACAGUACACCGUUGACUACUGGAACAGCAAGUGCUGGCACUCAGUCGUGCUCCAAGGGGUGGUCAACGGGCUGGGCCAGUUCUGGGACGUCUGUGCGGGUAUGCCAGGCAGCACCGAAGACGUCACAAUCCUCCAAAACUCCACUUUGUGGGGCACUGCCUCCGAGGGGGGCCUGUCCCCUGAGCCACCCAAGCAGUUCAUGGGCAGGCCCCUGAAGUAUUUCCUCCUGGGAGAUGCGGCUUACCCUCUCCAAAGCUGGCUGCUCAAGUCAUACCCAGAGUCCAGAGACCUGACACCCCGGCAGCUGAAGUUCAAUUACAGACUGAACCGCGCCCGCAGCGUGAUCGAGAAUGCUUUCCUGCGACUCAAGGCGCGCUGGCAGUGCUUGCACAAGCGCAACGACUGCAGCUUGGAUCUGGUGCCCACCAUGAUCCUGGCCUGCUGCAUCCUGCACAAUGUGUGCGAGGUGCACAAUGACACCUUCAACGAGGAGUGGCUGGAGGCUGUCAGUCAGGCUGACUUCCCCCAGCCCUGCGACAUCGUCCCAGAGAGUACAGACCACCCGGAGGCGGAGGAGGUCCGCUCCCUGUUAUGCGAUUAUUUCCAGCAGCAGCAAGAGUAGGGAGGGAGUGAGCAAUGAGACUGUCAAAAACUACUCCACUGCCCGUUCUCAAGUGUGUUCUUGUUGAGCACCGUGCUCGUUUCCAUAGUAAAAGCUUUCAUAAAAAGAAAAAAAAAUUAUGAUUUUGACCCUCGGCACCUCAACCAGCCUGCUCUGAGAAUGCUUUACUGCCAUUCUCAACACUGGGACCUAGCUUCUCAAUUCAUAAAAUGGGAAAAAAAAGAACAGUGCCUCCCUGUUUACCUCAUUGCCCCCUUUUUAUGCCCUUUUUCUUGUGGGGGUAGUUUUUGUCAGUGUUAUGAAACUAGAGAUAACUUGUUUCACUGCUGUAUAUACUCUAGCAGUGAUUUAUAAUGCUAUUAGUUUUGUAUAUACUCCAUUGAAUGGUUGCAAUUUCACUGCGACUUCAUUUUGUACAUUUUUUUUUUCUUUAAACUGUAAAUCAUUUACCUUAAAUAAAUCUUCAAUUAAGUGCUAUUAAAUUGUU